AUGAAAACACAUGACCUUAUUUUCAGUGACAGGCCUAAGUCCAACGUCAACAAGAAACUUCUAUACGACUUUAAGGAUGUCGCUGCCGCGCCUUAUGGAGAGUACUGGAGACAAUUGCGAAGCAUUUGUGUCCUUCAAUUGCUUAGCAACAAAAGGGUUCAAUCUUUUCGCGUUGUGAGGGAAGAAGAGACUGCCCUUUUACUCAAGAAAAUCAGGGAGUUUUCUCCAGAGGCAGUGAAUUUAAGUGAGUUGUUUAUGACACUUACAAAUGAUAUUGUGAGCAGAGCAGCUUUUGGGAGGAAAUAUAGUGGAGGGGAGAGUGGAGAGAAGUUUAGGAAGUUGAUGAAGGAAGUUGCGGGAUUAUUAGGUGGAUUUGAUUUUGGAACUCUUUUGCCUUCACUUGCAUGGAUUGAUAGACUGAGUGGUUUAGAAGCAAAAGUGGAGAGAGUUGCCAAGGAGAUGGAUGAGUUUCUUGAAGGAGUAGUCGAAGAACAUUUAGAUAGUCAUUCAAGAGUGAGGGACUUGUUGGGGGAAAGAGUGGAAAAUGAAAAAAGAGAGGACUUUGUUGAUGUUUUGCUUGAGAUUUACAAGCAAAACAUGGAUGGCUUUUCCAUUGACAGAGAUGGCAUCAAAGCUCUCAUUUUGGAUAUCUUCGCGGCUGGAACCGAUACAACUUACACUGUAUUGGAAUGGGCCAUGACAGAGCUUCUAAGGCAUCCUGGAGCCAUGAACAAACUUCAGAAUGAAGCGAGGGAAAUAGCUAAAGGGAGAAAUGAAAUAGUAUCUGAGAAUCACUUAGACAAAAUGCAUUACUUAAAAGCAGUAAUUAAGGAAACUUUGCGCCUACAUCCUCCCAUUCCUCUGUUACUUCCCCGACGAGCCAGACAAGAUGUUAAGGUAAUGGGAUACGAUGUUGCAGCUGGAACUAUGGUAAUAACAAAUGGUUGUGCAAUUGGAAGGGACCCUGCUAUUUGGGAUGAUGCAGAGGAGUUUAAGCCAGAGAGAUUCUUGAAUUCUUCUAUCGAUUUUAAAGGGAAUGAUUUUGGAUUAAUACCUUUUGGUGCAGGAAGAAGGGGAUGUCCUGGAAUUUCAUUUGCGAUGGCUGCUAAUGAGCUUGUACUGGCAAAUGUUGUGAGGGAUUUUGAUUGGGAAUUGCCAAAUGGAACAAAGGGGGAUGAUUUGGAUAUGACAGAAUGCACUGGUUUAACCAUUCACAGGAAAGUUCCUCUGUUUGCUGUUGCAACUCCAUACACCUCCUAG